AUGCCCGUCCGCAUCCCCCGCGCAGGCCGAACCGAGCUUCUCUCCUUCAGCAUCGCCGGCGUCGGUGCCUUUGCCCCCUUCUACAUGAUCCUCCCUGGCGCCGACCAGCGCCUGGCCAAGCAGACGGCAAAAUGGGCCCCUCGCUGGGAGCGUAACAUCAACUACUUUAGUCCGGCCGCCGAGCGCGGUAUCCAGAGGGUCACGCCGCGCGUCGAGCGCACCGUCAAGAGGGUCGACCAGCGCCUGCCCCUCGAGAAGGUGGCCAAGAGGGUCGAUACCAACAUCAAGAAGAGCAUCGACCGCAUCUCCCCCGCAUGA